AUGGGAGAUACAACGGGCCGUAAGCCGACGUUUAGUCGUCUUAUGGGUAUGAAGUUCAUGCAAAGAGGCAUGGAGAAAGAAAAGCAAGAACAAAUUGAGAAAGAGCGAAAAAGAAUCAUUUCUGAAGCGGAAUGGGUGCUGGAGUACGAAUCGGACGCACCCCAAAAAGCAUCAUUUCAGGUAGAAUAUCAACCGAGUUACCUUGCAUUUUCCGAUACUGCAAAUAUAGGAAGAAAGUCAUUUCAACAAUUUAACAAAAGCAUCGAGGCUACAGCAGAAGAUGUCGAGAAAGCGCAACAAUUGGAACGUGAGGAGGAAAAGGAGAAGGCUUCAGCUGUGGAUGAUAAAGAGAUGCUUGAUCGUAUGAGCACCAUUCGCGAAAUGUCGGAAGGGAAACGAAAAAACAAGUUUGCAGAAGAUGGCGCCAAGAAGAAAAAGAAGAAGAAGAAGCAGCAGGAGCCAUCCGAUUUACCGGCACCUACGGCGAGUGGUUUUAUCAAACCCGAAUAA